ACAGCGCUGCUGACACAGAGAUUCGAUCACAUCCUCUACACCGGCAACUCCACAGUGGGCAAAAUCGUGAUGGCAGCGGCCGCCAAGCACCUGACGCCCGUCACCCUGGAGCUGGGCGGGAAGAGCCCCUGCUACAUCGACAAGGACUGCGACCUGGCCGUCGCCUGCAGGCGGAUAACGUGGGGGAAGUACAUGAACUGUGGGCAAACCUGCAUUGCUCCCGACUACAUCCUGUGCGACCCGUCCAUCCAGAGCAAGGUGGUGGAGAACAUCAAGGUGACUCUGCAGGAAUUCUAUGGGGAAGAUGUGAAGUCGUCUCCGGAUUACGAAAGGAUCGUCAACAAGCGUCACUUCCAGAGGAUCCUGGGCCUGCUGGAAGGGCAGAAGAUAGCUCACGGGGGAGAGGUUGAUGAGGCCUCCUGCUUCAUAGCACCGACUAUCCUCACCGACGUUUCUCCGGAGUCAAAGGUGAUGGAGGAGGAAAUCUUUGGGCCGGUCCUUCCCAUUCUGACUGUGAAGAGCGUAGAUGAAGCCAUUGAGUUCAUCAACUGUCGGGAGAAGCCCCUUGCCCUGUAUGUCUUCUCCAACAACAAGAAG